AUGGAUCCUGUUGAAGAAGAUGUUGAUGUGAUCACACCGAGUGGAGAUCAAGUUGGUGACGAUAUGCUAAUGAAGCAAGUGAAAUCAAGGAUGGCGAAGGUAUCUAUAGUCAAUGAUGAAAUUAAUGAAAAGUUAGAACAGUAUCGUCAAAAAAUGUGCAGAAACAGUAGCGUGCAUAGAAAAAAAACUGCAAUAAACACCUUGGAGAAAGGAACAGCUGUUAUUGUUGCUCUGGAUCAUGAUAAUAAUAUAUUGACAAGAAAAAGAAAACUUCAAUUCACCUUUUCUCAGACUGGCGUCCUUAAAAGAGUAACAGCGAAUAACAAAACCGCCAUAGUUACAAUUGAUGGUGUCGACACACCUGUUCCUGUAAAUAGAAUGCAAGUUAUUCAUAAAUCAGCUAUAGCAAACCAGAA